GUCUCAGUGUUCCGCCUCCAUUUUGUCAGUGGUAUGUGUGUGUGUGUUUCUGCUAAAGCCAGUGAGGUGAAAUAACACACACACACACUAAGUCUUCAGCGGGUUUAUUUUUUACACAGAUCACCAGAAAUGGACGGCAUUGGUGACGUCGCAGUUGGUGUAAAGAGAGGAUCAGAUGAGCUGCUGUCCGUCAGCAUGUAUAACAGCCCCAGUUCUGGGCUGAGCAGUAUAAGUGAUACGACAUCCAACGGCAGUGACAGCAAAAAACUUCGAGUUGAAGACCGAGUCGGCGAUGCCCCACCAUCCCGUGUUCUUCACAUUAGAAAGUUACCCAACGAUGUCUCGGAAACAGAGAUCAUUGCCCUGGGGCUUCCGUUCGGAAAGGUCACCAAUAUCCUCACACUGAAAGGCAAAAACCAGGCGUUUCUGGAGCUCAGCACAGAGGAAGCUGCCAUGACAAUGGUCAAUUAUUACUCAGCUGUGACGCCUCACGUCCGUAGUGUGCCGGUCUACAUACAGUACUCCAAUCACAAAGAACUCAAGACCGACAAUUCAAACCAGUCAGGCGGGACUCUCACAUCAGGGUCCAACUCUAUCGAUGGUGGUGGUACGCCCUCCAGUCCAGUGCUGAGGAUAAUCAUUGAUAACAUGUUUUACCCCGUCACCCUGGACGUGCUGCAGCAGAUCUUCUCAAAGUUUGGCACCGUCAUGAAAAUCAUCACAUUCACCAAGAACAAUCAGUUUCAGGCCCUGUUGCAGUACAACGAUCCAACCAGUGCACAGCAAGCUAAAGUGGCUCUAGAUGGUCAGAACAUAUACAACGCCUGUUGUACCCUUCGCAUAGACUACUCAAAACUUGUCAACCUGAAUGUAAAAUACAAUAACGAUAAGAGCAGGGACUACACUAGGCCAGAGCUUCCUGCUGGAGAUGGGCAGCCGCCUGCUCUGGACCCCUCUGUGGUUGCUGCCCUGGGUAAAGAUUCCGGUUCCCUGCUCGGUAAGAUCCCAGGUGCUCUGAGCCCGUUGAGCGCGGCUGCUGCUGCCGCUGCUGCAGCUGGAAGAGUUGCUCUGUCUGGGCACUCGGGAGCCAGUGGAGUGCUGCUCGUUAGCAAUCUAAAUGAAGAGAUGGUUACGCCCCACAGUCUGUUUACGCUCUUCGGGGUUUAUGGGGAUGUGCAGCGUGUGAAGAUUCUUUUUAAUAAGAAAGACAGCGCACUGAUACAGAUGGCCGAUAUGAACCAGGCUCAGCUUGCAAUGAGCCAUCUAAACGGUCAGAAGAUGUAUUCAAAGAUCAUUCGCGUUACGAUGUCGAAGCACCAAACCGUUCAGUUACCGAGGGACGGUUUAGACGACCAGGGUCUCACGAAAGACUUCACAAACUCACCACUGCAUCGUUUCAAAAAGCCAGGGUCCAAGAACUUCCAGAACAUUUUCCCUCCUUCUGCCACGCUGCAUCUGUCAAACAUCCCGCAAGACAUAACUGAAGAAGACCUCAGAGUCCUGUUCUCCAACUCCGGUGGCACUGUGAAAGCUUUCAAGUUUUUCCAAGAUCAUAAAAUGGCCCUAAUUCAGAUGACAACCAUUGAGGAAGCUAUUCAAUGCCUCAUCGACCUCCAUAAUUACAACAUGGGUAAUAACCACCACCUGAAGGUCUCCUUCUCCAAAUCAACCAUCUAAAGCAACCCGAGAGGUCUUGCUCCCAACUGCUUUUCUACCGUUACCUGUUGACUGUUUAAAUACACUGGGGACCACAAUUUUGAGAAUUUAUUUUCCCAAGUUUCAUUCCACAAGAAGUUGUUGAAAGAAGGAAAUAUUGUGACUGUUUUCAAGGGCAUUUUUUUUUUACCCCGUUUCCUCUUGUCAGCGCUCUGACACAUAACCUCUUCAGUGGCGGAAAGGUGUUUUGGUGUAAAGUCUGAACCUCUUACAAUAAACCGAAAAGAAUGUGCCUUACAAAACUUACAGAAAUCUUUUCAUACUUCAUAUUCUCAAACCCAGGCAGUCAUCUGAGCGUGAGAUUUGUUUUGUUAAAACAAUUAUUUUUUUUCCCCUUUUGUGUCAGAUCUGUAUAAUGUGUAAAAGCCUCUCAAGACGUUUUCCUUUUUAUUUAAAUUUUUUGCAGUUUGUUUGUUCAGUUCUUAAUGUCUGUGACAUUUUGAUUUAAGAAUUUUAAAUAAAACUGUGAUUCUCUAGUGAUUGUCACUAUGAGAUGUUAGGCCCAUUCUUAACCCACCAAUCCCGCUAAACCUUAUGUUGUUUGAAAGGAAACAAGAGAAUGAACCCUUUUUAUUUGCUCAUUUUACACCAUUUUCCUAGCUUUUCUUUCAUCUAUGUGCAUUGUCUUUAUCCUAAGUGGAAGGUUAUGACAUACUUUUCUCUGCAUGUACCAACAGGUGCAUCUUUAUUCCUAGUGUUGCAUGGAUUGGAAAUCACUUUGUGUGAAUUUUAUUUUAUUUUUAUUUUUUUUUGAAAGACGAGUACAGUAGAUGGGACCAAAGUUUAUGUGCCUAAAGUCUUAAUUUACUCCAAGAUUGAGCAUUUUAGUUCACUUUUUAGAAGAAAAGAGACUCAUGGACAGGCUUAUGAGAAGAGCUGUAAAAAAUAAAUAAUAUUGAUUGGCAAUCCACACUACGAUUUAUGAGAGGGACAAAAGGAUUGUGUAUAUUUUUGUUUUUUUUAAACCCUGCAGGAAUGUAUGAUUCGGCAUAGUUUUAGAUGUGGCACAAUUAAAAUAAUUUUUCUAACAAAAGCGGGAAGAUUUGACUCUGUUGUGUGUUUUGAUUUCUCUUUCUCUUUCCUGUUUUCUGCUUUUAUCUGUAGCAUGCUCAAUAAACACUUGUGUAGUUCUGUA